AUGGAUCCUCCAACAACCCCCACCCAAAACCCUCGCUCCCUCCACACAGAUUCUAUAAUCUCAUCUCUCCUUUCAUUUCCCGCCUCCACUCCCUUCUCCGUCGCCUGCUCCUUCGAUCGAGAGCUCGAGAAAGCUCUCGCCUCUGCUUCCGAUGACGCCUCUGUUCAGGAUCGUCUCCUGAAUCGAACCAUCAACAUCGCAUCGCUUCUUCUAGAAUCCACUGAGCGGUGCUUCCGCCAGCGAGCUGCAGCUCACAACUCCAUUUCCUGGGUCCUCCCUCCCGAACUCACCAUCAAGGUGUUUUCGAAGCUUGAUACAAAGUCUUUGAUGCAAGUGGCUGCGUGCUGCACCGUGUUCAACAAAUGUGCGAUGGACCGUUCAUCUUACGCCCACAUCGACUUGACUACAGAUACCAUACAAGCUGAUAACGAAGUUGUGUGUACAAUGAUCCAUCGUGCGGGUAAAGAACUCAGAUCCAUCAAGCUUGGUCAUGUUACUCGGCGAUAUGGACCUGAACCUAAUCCAAUUUGGUUUAAUGGACCUUUUCUUUCCUCACUAUCCUAUAAUCAUGGUUUUCUUGGGAGGCGCUUGAGAAGCCUACGGCUUUACAAUAUCAGACCGAUGAACUACAGUUCCUUAAGCAAUGUGUUGUCAGUUUGUUCGAAUCUCACUGAUCUGAGGAUUGUUGGAUUCAAUUGUCCAUUUAUGCCUCUAUUUAUGACCCUCUCAAAAACAUGUCGUCUGAUAGAGCACCUGUGCUUAGGGAGCUAUCACCCCCUAGAUACCAUAGACACUCAAAGAGGUUCAAACUUGAUAGAGUUUGUGGCCAACUCCCCAAACUUAACUUCUCUAAGGCUCAUUCGUUUUCGACUAACCGAUGAACUGGCACGUAUUCUUUCUCAGAGUUCUCGUACACUGAAGCACCUGAAUUUGUCUAGAUCGCCUACAAUCAAUGGUCGUUUUCUGAGGGAUGUAAGAAAUAGCUGCAAGGAGAGUCCACUCAAGACUCUAAUAAUGCGCAACUGCCUUAAACUAGAGGAGAAAGAAGUGUUGGAACUCUGCAACUCAUUAAUCAAAGGAAACUUCAAAUCCAUUCGGCACAUUGAUGUUUCAAAUAACAGAGGCUUAGUUUCUGAUGAUGGCAAGAGAUCUUACAAACCAAAGUAA